UGCUUUCCUCAGUCACUACGCCUCUGACAGCUCCUCCUCACGCGCGCUCACGCUCUCUCUUGUUGCGCUUUCCACAUUUUUACUCUCUAAAACAUUUUCACCGGAUCCCUCACGCACUCCAGGUCACAAGCGCUGGGACCAAGCACUAUAACCGCAUCUGUCUCCUGGUCACAGAAGAGAUCUGAGAGCCACGGCGAUAAAUGGAGGUGCCGAGCAGAUAGAUGAGAGUCCCUCCAGCUCGUUCAUCAUACCCAAACUAGAGGAGGAAAGCAAAGUGAUUGAGACGGGCAGCAACAACAGCCAAUGAUGAAUAAACCGGGAGGAGUCGACGGGGCGGGAACAGCAUUCACCAUUGGACGAGAAAGCUUUAAUUGAAUUUGGGAAGAGAAGAUUGUUGUUCACAUUUGACCCAAGAUGUCGCUGAAAGUCCAGACGAGCAACAUUACCAACAAAAAUGACCCCAAAUCUAUCAACUCACGCGUGUUUAUCGGUAACCUGAACACAGCGGUGGUGAAGAAGAGCGACGUUGAGACGAUCUUCUCCAAAUACGGCCGUGUGUUGGGCUGCUCGGUUCACAAAGGCUACGCCUUCGUUCAGUACGCUAAUGAGAGGCACGCUCGUGGAGCUGUCAUUGGAGAAAAUGGACGUGUACUUGCUGGACAGACCCUCGACAUUAACAUGGCAGGUGAACCCAAACCCAAUAGGCCUAAAGGACUAAAGAGAACCGCGGCAGCGUUAUACAGCGGUUAUGAAUUUGACUAUGAUUACUACAGAGAUGACUUCUAUGACAGGCUGUUUGAGUAUAGAGGCAGAGUAUCUCCGGUGCCCAGAGCGGUUCCUGUAAAGCGCCCCCGUGUGGCAGUGCCGGUCGUCCGCAGGGUGAAGUCCUUACCUGUCAAACUCCUGACCAGAUCCACCAUCCUUCCCAACAGCUCUGUCAAACACAAGUUGAAAUCAACCGAGCUGCAGGCUAUUAAAUCAGAACUAACGCAGAUCAAGUCCAACAUCGAUGCGCUGCUGGGACGUCUUGACCAGAUCACAGAGGACAAAUACUGUGCAACAGAGUUGCAGAAGGCAGAGGAAAUGCAGAGCGAGCUGUCUCAGGACGAGUCGGGCUCAGAGUCUGAGGAACUGCAGCACAGUGAUGUGGAGGACGGAGAGGAGCUCACACACGAGGAGUGCGACGAAGACAUGGAAAACAAUCACAUAUCUGAAAUGGAUUCCAUUCUUCAAUAAAAGCAGGGAGUUGGAAAACACUGUCGACUGGAAACUUUUUUUAAUACCACAGACUCAACAGGAAGACACCGAAACCAACAGACGCCGUCAAACUCCAGCAUCAACCGUCAAUGAGACAGACAGCUAAACUAGCCGCUUGGUGGGAGGGAGGAGGGGGACGUCCCCAAAACAGGAAUCCAUUACAAAAAGGGCCAGAGUUCCGAAGAGCAACACCAUCACACACUUGACAACAGAUGGGGAUCAAUUUCACAGACAUUCUGCAUUCAUCCUUCCCCACAAAACACUAAUAACAUGCAGUUUUUCUACACAUUUGGGCGCCUCAUAUGUAAAUAGCCUCAUCUGAUUUCUGUCCUUCCUUCAUGUCUGUUUGUGCUUUUGGAAAAAUGUUUUACAUUUUAUUUAUAUGCCAAUCGGAAUCCGAAAGGUUGGCUAUUUUUAAUUACAUGUGCAUUUUUCUUCUGCUUGCACUUUCAAGACUGCAAGAGAUAUUUACAGAUGUAAAUAAAUGAUGACU